AUGUACGAUGAAAUCACAGGAGAAGGAUUGGAGUCCAUCGCGGAGGAUGUUGCCAGAACAAUUGGUAUUGAAGUGGUACACGAAGGCAGAACAACAGACGUAUCCUUUGUGAACAGGCUCGUCCGCAACACCAUUGCGGAUGUGAGGAAACCUUUUCAAGAUGGAGGUCAAAAGAAGUCAAAGAAGAAGAAGAUGGCGUCACCCCGCGUAUUUCUCUCACAUUUUGCCUCAGCAGAUUGCAACAGCAUCUUUGGGGGCAGUUCAGGGAAUCACAUGCCUGGGUCGGAUACUGUCAAGAUUAGCAAUAUCGGGAACUGGCAUAUUGUGGCCAGGAAUAUACCCACACUGUGGCAGUCCGUGGAGUGA